AUGCCGACAUACACUGGAUCCUGCUACUGCCGCAACAUCAAGUAUGAGCUCGAGCUCUCCUCGCCGGACGAGGCGCGGACUUCUCUGUGCCACUGCUCGAACUGUAAAAAAGCAUUCGGAACCAACUACGGUCUGACGGCCAAAGUCCCCAAGGACGCGUUCCGGGUUACGGCUGGGAAGCCCAAGGAGCAUGUUGCAGAUAACGGGUCCGGGGCGCUGCUGCAUCGGGAGUUUUGCGACAACUGCGGGAGUUUUCUAUUGGAGUAUGGGGAUGCGGUGAAGAAUGAAUUUCGGUAUAUUUGUGUGGGAUCGCUGGAUGAUCCGGAGGUGUUGUCGCCCAAGGGGGAGUUUUUUUGUAGCUCGCGGGCGAGCUGGAUGCCGGAGAUUCCAAAUGUGUUUCAUAAACAGAAGAUUAAGGAGUAG